AUAUCCUUUUGGGCUAAAAUCAGUUUGAGUUUCUCUCCUAGACAAAGCCACUUCUAGAGCUUUCCUCUUUGGGUGCUCUGAGGCCCUCCCUCGGCUCAGCAGUCAGCCCCCCAGCUGCUCUCCCCGUCCUGUUCCCUUCAGCUGACUGGAAACUCUGACAGUUCUGCAGCUUUGGAAACAAAAUGGAAUUCUUUUAAAUUUGUAUCCUGGCACACUUCAGAAUUUGGAGUAACUCCACGGGAAGGUUUUUGCAUGAAGUAAAAGAUUAAGAGCUGACAAGGUUAUAUUUCAGGAAAGCUCUCGUAGAUCCAAGAUAAGGCGUGGUAUAAAUGAAAACAAAAGCAGCCCGACUUAGAGAAGUCCUUUGGCUCUCCUCUGCUCUGGAGACCCGCUGCUCUUCUCUUCUCUUCUCUGGGACGGAAGCAGGUCACCUUCAUCCUGCUUUACUCCUUCAAAACAGGACUGGAGCCAUGGCCCUGGAGCAGAACCAGUCAGCAGAACCAGAUUACUACUAUGAGGAAAACGAAAUGAAUGACACCCAUGACUACAGUCAGUACGAAGUGAUCUGCAUAAAAGAAGAGGUCCGGCAAUUUGCAAAAGUUUUCCUCCCUACCUUCUUCACAAUAGCUUUUAUCAUUGGACUUGCAGGUAAUUCUGUAGUUGUGGCAAUUUAUGCCUAUUACAAGAAGCAGAGAACCAAAACAGAUGUGUACAUCCUGAAUUUGGCUGUGGCAGAUCUGCUCCUGCUAUUCACUCUGCCUUUCUGGGCAGUCAAUGCAGUUCAUGGGUGGAUUUUAGGCAAAGUGAUGUGCAAAGUAACUUCGGCCGUGUACACAGUGAACUUUGUCUCUGGCAUGCAGUUUCUGGCUUGUAUCAGCAUAGACAGGUAUUGGGCGGUAACCAAGGCCCCCAGCCAGUCAGGAGCAGGGAGACCUUGCUGGGUCAUCUGUUGCUGUGUCUGGAUGGCUGCCAUCUUGCUGAGUAUACCCCAGCUCAUGUUUUACACGGUGAAUCACACCACCAGGUGCACUCCCAUCUUUCCCCACUACCUAGGAACAUCACUGAAAGCAUCCAUCCAGAUGCUGGAGAUCUGCAUCGGAUUUGUGGUCCCCUUCCUCGUCAUGGGGGUGUGCUAUUUCAUCACGGCCAGGACACUCAUCAAGACGCCGAACAUUAAAAAGUCUCGGCCCCUCAAAGUUCUGCUCACAGUGGUUGUAGUUUUCAUUGUCACUCAGCUGCCUUAUAACAUUGUCAAGUUCUGCCAAGCCAUAGACACCAUCUACUCCCUGAUCACCAGCUGUGCCAUGAGCAAGCGCAUUGAUGUUGCCAUCCAAGUCACAGAGAGCAUCGCGCUCUUCCACAGCUGCCUCAACCCGGUCCUCUAUGUCUUCGUGGGGGCCUCAUUUAAAAACUAUGUCAUGAAAGUGGCCAAGAAGUAUGGCUCCUGGAGGAGACAGAGACGGAAUGUGGAGGAAAUUCCUUUUGAUUCUGAGGGUCCCACUGAGCCGACCAGUUCUUUUACAAUUUAAAUGAAAAACUGUCUGCCUUUCGCUUGGAUACACAUGGGUGAUCUUUCUCCCUCAGACAAAAUAUUUGCAUGAUUCUGAGAUGCGAAUGUCGAAAAUCACUGUUACUACAGCUUUAUAACAAAGAAGGGGGUGGAGAAGAAAUAAGCUACCAAGAGGAAACAAUAAACAGAUAAAACACGAACAUUAGAAUUAAUGAUCCAUACCAACAGUAGGGACAGACAGGAAUGAAAGUGCUGUGCUAUGAAAAGAGAGAGCUUUGUGAUGAUGGGGUAGUUUUGUAUAUUGAAUACAGUAGUGGUUACCCCAAUCUACAUGUGACAUAAUGAUGUUGAUCUCUGUAUGCUGUGUGAAGUUCAACUUCUUGGUUUUGAUAUUAUACUGUAAUGAUGUAAGAUAAAUCAAAAGAUUUAGCCAUGGGUUAAUAGGUACCUGGGACCAUCCUGUACUAUCUUUGUAAUUUCCUAUGAAUUUGUAAUAAAAAAUAAAA